AUGAUAGAUGUUGUAUCCAAGGAUGUUUGUUGCUCAGCUGAGACAGGCGCAAGUCACUUGACCCCAGCCAGGCCAGUCCUCCAUCAACUCCGCACUUCCCCACUCUUGCGCUUUCUUUCUCCAUCUUCUUCCCUGCUGUUCAGCCAUUCCGGCUUUGUUCUGAGCCUGUGGAUGUGUUCCCACUUGCCUUUCCCACUUCCCGAGGCAGAUAAUAUAGAUGUCAUCGCUCGGACAAUGGCUGCAAUUCGGCAAAUGCCAGUCCUUCUACCACUCGAUUAUGGACAAAUGCCAGGCAGUGGUCGAUCGCGUUCAAACCCAUGA